AGUCGCCUUUCGCCGUAGAACUCGACGGGCAGCUGCUUAGGUUGCUACACCGGGAGAGCAGGGAGGCGCUGAGCCGAAGGGAAAAAGGAAGCCCCACAAAAACAAGCCGCGCUCCUUUCGCUUGGAGAAAAGGCUCGGGGGCGUGCGCAAACAUGGGGAAGUCUCUUUCAAUGCCUUUACAUGGAUCUAAAGAAGAUGGGGUUUCAUCAACGGACAACUUGAGGAAGGGAUUAGUUCACUCGGAAUCUCACAGUGAAGAUGGACGAAAUGGAGACGUGUCACAGUUCCCAUAUGUUGAAUUCACGGGAAGAGAUAGCGUCACAUGUCCCACGUGCCAGGGGACAGGGAGAAUUCCACGCGGGCAGGAAAAUCAGCUUGUUGCCCUGAUUCCAUACAGUGAUCAGAGACUGAGGCCAAGAAGAACAAAACUUUAUGUUACUGCUUCUGUAAUUGUAUGCUUACUACUUUCUGGGCUGGCAGUAUUUUUCUUAUUUCCUCGAUCAAUUGAUGUUGAAUACAUUGGAGUCAAGUCAGUAUAUGUCAGUUACGACGCACAGAAGCGCAUAAUAUACUUAAAUAUUACGAACACAUUGAACAUCACAAACAACAAUUAUUAUUCGGUGGAAGUUGAAAACAUAACGGCGCAGGUGCAGUUUUCAAAGACUGUUAUUGGGAAAGCACGGCUGAGCAAUAACACUCACAUUGGCCCACUGGACAUGAAACAAAUCGAUUAUAUGGUGCCCACAGUUAUACAAGAUGAAAUGAGCUACAUGUUUGAUUUUUGCACCCUACUCUCUAUCAAAGUGCACAACAUAGUAGUCAUGAUGCAAGUGACCGUGACCACCUCUUACUUUGGUCACUCUGAACAAAUAUCUCAGGAGCGGUACCAGUAUGUUGACUGCGGUGGAAACACAACUUACCAGCUGGGACAGUCAGAAUACCUAAAUGUACUUCAGCCGCCUCAGUAGAAGAAGCAGAGUUUCUGGCUGCAGGAGGAAAGAAGAUUAACUCUUGGUUCUUUUACUACUCAUUGAAGUUGAACUUUCAUAUCUAGUACUGCUUAAAGAGGUGGAUGUAUAUAAUUUAGCAGCCCUGAAGGCUUCUGUACUUUGGAGGUGUGAGCAGCAAAAGGUCAAACUGUAUAUAUUCACGUUUGAUAACUUUCCCCUUUCCACUCUAAAUGUGUAAGUAUUCUGUCAAACUGUUACUACGGGGAAGCAGGGAGGGGUGGCUGUUAAACCAGCAAAUCUGUAUUUUCCCUAAAUGGAAACAUGGGUACAUGAUUAUAAAAGUCGGAGUGAAACUAUAUAAUUGUAUAAAUUAGGCUGUGCUGCUAACAAG